AGACCUAUGAGUGGCAAACACAUCACCCCCUUUAGAAGCUCACCGCCUUCUCUCCGCGAAUGGGAAGGAAAGCGCAGUACUAAAUGAUUGCUUCGUUCAGUUAGAUUGUGCUACGCUUCGGACACUGCAGCUCAGCCUCCAUGACCGUGCCGCGCCGCGCCGCACAGAUGUGCCAUCACACCAAGCCUAGAUGUUCUCCAGGCGUGUGGUGCACGAUCUGCGGCUUUGUUACUGGCACUGCUCCUGAUGUGCUGCGUAGUCAGGCGAGGCGGAGUGCACAGCUAGGUGCGUGGUUGGCUAAUUCAGUACCCCAUGUCAUGCGGCGCGAGGUGCGGCAGGAUAGUUGCUUCCCUGUCAUCACAUUUUAGCAAUCACUGCUACGUUUUAGUAGGCAUAUUCGCUUCAUCAUUCGCAACUACGACAUACAGCCAUUCCAAAGCGCGACGGCGACUGAAUCGCACCCGUCUGGAUUGCAAAUUAGUGGGCUGUACGCAAACUGGUGGACCCCUCCUGCAUGACUAUCCUAUCCACGACGCUCGGUAUACGAAGUUGACCGUUGCGCUCGUACCUCACCCAGUAAUGUGCUAGAAGGGCGAACAAGGGGUGCAAACGUAGCCCGGGAACGGGCACUUCAUGUACGAGUGCCUAAGUUCAGUACGAAAGAAGGUUUGGAAACAUGACCGGCGUAACAGUGUCGUAGAACCCGAGCGAAAUCCCGCGACUUCACAUCGAUGCUAUACAAGCUCAAGGUUAGGGUUCAGCCGCGUGUCGUUCUACACAAGAGCAUCCCGUUCCAUACGAUGAUACAUGCGUUAACAGCAUGCCGUAUCCGCUCCGAAAGCUCGGUUCGCUGCGGGUGCGCCAAAUCUCCCCAUCGGUUAGCA